AUGGCCCGACGACGCAAGCACCGCACGCACGUCAAGGCCGACAGCGAGCAGCCCGACGGCAGCCCGCGCUCGUUCGUCAUCAAGCACGGGCAGGUCGGGCACUCGCUCGCCCAGCUCGUGCGCGACAUCCGCAAAGUCAUGGAGCCCAACACCGCCAGCCGUCUCAAGGAGCGCGCGCGCAACAAGCUCAAGGACUUUAUCGUCAUGGCGCCCGUCCUGCACGUCACGCACCUCCUCGCGUUCACGCUCACCGAGCGCGCCCCGUACAUGCGCCUCGUGCGCCUCCCCGCGGGCCCGACGCUCUCCUUCCGCGUCGAGCGCUACAGCCUCAUGAAGGACGUCCUCCACGCCGCGCGCCGCCACCGCAGCAUCGGGCUCGAGUACCUCACCCCGCCGCUCCUCGUCCUAGCGUCGUUCCCCCCGCCCUCGCCGGCGACCCCGCCGCACCUCCCGCUCCUCAUGAAGUCCUUCCAAUCACUCUUCCCCCCGCUCUCGCCGACCUCCCUCUCCCUCUCCAACGCGCGCCGCGUCGUGCUCGUCGCGUACAACCCCGAGCGCGGCACGCUCGACUUCCGGCACUACCUCAUCACCGUCAAGCCGUACGGCGUCUCCAAGCGCGUCCGGCGCGUCCUCGAGGGCGCUGCCGCCUCUUCCAAGUCCAAGUCGUCGUUCCUGGACUUGGGCAACGAGAAGGACGUCGCGGACUUUUUGCUGCGGAAGAGAGGGGAGGGCGGGGGCGGGCGCGAUGGGUACGAGAGCGCGGCGAGCUCGGCGAGCUCGGCGGCGGGCGACGACGGCGACGCGGUGUCGCUCGCGGACGACUAUGUCGGGCGGAAUAACAAGAAGGGGUCGAAGCGCGCCGUGCGCCUCGACGAGAUCGGGCCGCGGAUGGAGCUGAGGCUGAUCAAGAUCUCGGAGGGGCUCCCCGGGAAGGAGGGCGGGGUGAUAUAUCACGAGUUUGUUAAAAAGACGAAGGCGGAGGCGGCGGCGCUGAAGGCUGCGCAUGCGGAGAAGGAGAAGCUGCGCAGGCAGCGACGCGAGGAGCAGGAGCGCAACGUGCAGAGGAAGAAGCAGGAGAAGGGCAAGGGCAAGGAUGCUGCUGAUGAAAGCGAAGCAGAGGAGGGAGAAGGGGAAGGAGAGGAGUGCGAGAGCGAUGAGGGCGGGCACGACGAGGGCGGGUGGGACGACGAUGAGGUGAUUAGCGAGGGGGAGAGCGGGGAUGAGAAUUCGGGUGCGGAGGAGAGCGGGAGCGAGAGCGAGGAAGAGCAGGAGCGGCCUCCGCCAAAGAAGGCCAAGUUCAAGCAGAAGCGAUAGUCUGGCUGUUGUUUUCCUCUAUCCGUCUCUUACCGGUCUCCUUGCGUGAGCGGGCGAGAGGAAUGUAUUACUGGAAGCAUACAUAAAUAUAGGGGAUCUACGUGUAGCAAUCACUUCUGCGACGGCGGUACAGUCGCC